AGUGAUGCAAGCCUAUGUCAGCUUCCACCAAAAGUUCCUCCUCAUGCUUGGGGCACAUAAGUAAGGUAAGGAGCCACAGACUGAGAGGAACAUCGGUCAGCUUCCCCAGCUUCUCAACAAGAUCACCAUCCCAAGAGCAGAUGCCUGCAAGAAGUCUGUCCAUUGGACCUGUGAAUUUACACCUGAGACUUUGAUCCGUUUUCACUGUGUCAAUUUUGGGUCAUGGAAGAAUGCUGGCUGUGGUCCAUGCACUCACAGAAAUUAUAAACCAUCUCUGAGGAAGGACUCAGCCCACCAGAAGAGAGUGUUGAAGGGAAAAGUAAGACAAAGUCAUGGAGCUGCAAGAAGAGGAUGAAAUGGAUGAAGAGAAAGAGAAAAAAAACAUGUCUCAGCCCCAAAGCAAAAUGAAGGACCGGCUGGCCGAACUUCUGGAGGUAACCAAGAACUAUGACCAGCAGUUACCGGACGGCGACGAUGAAUAUGACCUGCCCCAUGAGGACAUCGUGUUCGAGACGGACCACAUCCUGGAGUCCUUGUACCGAGACAUCCAGGACCUUCAGGAUGAAAACCAGCAGCUGAUGACCGACGUGAAGCGGCUGGGGAAGCAGAACGCCCGCUUCCUCACGUCCAUGCGGCGCCUCAGCAGCAUCAAGCGGGACACCAACACGAUCGCCAAGGACAUCAAGGCCCGGGGCGAGAACAUCCACCGCAAGCUGUGCGCCAUGAAGGCCCUGAGCGAGAAGGCCGAGGCCCAGCACGGCGCGCACUCGGCGGUGGCGCGCAUCUCGCGCGCGCAGUACAGCGCGCUCACGCGCACCUUCCAGCGCGCCAUGCACGAGUACAACCAGGCCGAGAUGAAGCAGCGCGAGAACUGCAAGAUCCGCAUCCAGCGCCAGCUGGAGAUCAUGGGCAAGGACGUCUCCGGCGACCAGAUCGAGGACAUGUUCGAGCAGGGCAAGUGGGACGUGUUCUCCGAGAACUUGCUGGCCGACGUGAAGGGCGCGCGGGCGGCCCUGAACGAGAUCGAGAGCCGCCACCGCGAGCUGCUGCGGCUGGAGAGCCGCAUCCGCGACGUGCACGAGCUCUUCUUGCAGAUGGCGGUGCUGGUGGAGGAGCAGGCCGACCCCUUGAACGUCAUCGAGCUCAACGUGCUGAAGGCCCAAGAGUACACCGGCCAGGCCAAGGUGCACGUGACCAAGGCCGUGCAGUACACCAAGAAACACCCCUGCCGGACCAUCUGCUGCUUCUGCUGCCCCUGCCUCAACUAGCAGGUUGGCCGCGGCUGCCACCUCACCCCCCCCCCCCCCGCAUUGGCAGUGGCUGGGAAGCACACUGCGGAAGAUUUGGGGGCCCUCUGCACCGGGGUGAAUUGCCCCAAUCCCUACGGCCCUCUGUCCUCAGAGAAAGAAAGAUCUUAGAGGUGUGAGAAUUCCAACCCAUCUUGUGUUUGGGAGGAUGGCUGAUGCCAUCCAGUGUGUUUCUUGAGUAAGGCAGAUCCAUGCUGAAGUUGGUGAGGUCAUUAAAUGGCACAUGGCACCCUUUUCCUCUUAACGGAAGCCAAAUAAGGAACUGACAUUGGAGCUUAACUGUAGGCUAAGUGUCCGAGACAUGCUUCCCAACAAAACUCUAGGAGGAAGUCCGUUCUACAUGGGCUGAUGAUGGCAUGAACUUAACCUUAUCCUGAAAGUCCCUUGGUUCUGUUCAAUUUCACAAGACAUCGAUCUUGAGGAAAACUGUACAUCUUUCAUUUCUGAUUCUUCAUCUGGCUUAUCCUGUGUGAUUCUUGCCUCAAUGUAUAUCUUCUUUCUGUCCACCUUCCCUACUUAUUAAAAUCAUAUUUAACACUCAUUACUUCCUUAUCUUUUUCACUUUUAAUAUCUCCCAUCAGGAUAUAUUUUGGACUUUUUUCCAAAUAUUUUUAAGCACUGAAUUUUAACAAGCACUCAAAUGGAAGUAUGUAUCACUCACAUUUUAUAUAUCUUUCAUAAAUAACUUAAAAUUUACCUCUUUACUUGAUAAUACAAAUACACACAAAUAUAUAAAUGUAAAUGUAAAGGACUAAUAUUAACGCAUGUGCAUAAUGACCAAUUGGUUUAACCUGACUUUUGUAAAUAUGGUCUAUAAAUAUUAAGAGCAACACUUUUACUGGUCGUUGGUAUUGGUUUGCUUGUUUUGAGUUUACCUGAAUCCCAUCUCUAUAGUAUAGUUUGGGUCACAAUUUUCUUUGACAGGCGUCAAAGGCUAAAAUGCAUACAGAACUACAGAUAAUAAAAUAACAUUUUGGAAAUAGUA